AUGGUCCGGACGCUUGCGUGGUGCAUCAGAGCUUCUGAUUUCUUCAAGUCUCAUCGAUGUGUGACACUAUCUCUUAAGAUAGCGCAACAAUCACCACUAACAGUUAGUGAAAUUUGCAAGGCUGAGACUUUGCUCAUCAAAUGGGCACAGCACGAGGAAAUGCCUGAAGUGGUAAAUGCAGUGACUAAAAAGACCCUCGACUCUAACAACAAAUUGAAAUACAUCAGAAAACUCCGUCCAUUUCUGGAUUCUGAUGGGGUAUUGAGGGUGGGGGGACGACUUCAUUAUUCUAAUGAACCCUACGAUGUCAGGCAUCCCAAAAUUUUGCCAAAUGCAAAAAUUUCCCAUCUCAUUGCCGUUAGAGAGCAUAUCACUCUGAUGCACGCAGGUCCGCAACUUGUCCUUUCCCAUUUACGCCAAAAAUACUGGCCAAUUCGUGGUCGAAACCUGGUCCGAAGAGUUUUCCGUGAAUGCGUUGUUUGCAAAAAAGUCAAACCUCCGUCUUGCGAACAGCUCAUGGGGGAGCUUCCCGCAUGUAGAGUAUCUCAUAUCCGACCCUUUGUGGCCACUGGGGUGGACUUCACGGGCCACAUAAUGAUUAGACGUUUGCCCAGAGGCAAGUCCUUGGAAAAAGCGUACGUAGUAGUAUUCGUAUGCAUGAGUGUAAAGGCCGUACACUUAGAAUUGGUGACAUCAUUGUCAACAGAGUCAUUUAUUGCGGCACUGAGAAGGUUCGUAGCCCGUCGCGGAAUUCCCAAUCAAAUGUUCAGCGAUAAUGGGACAAAUUUUGUUGGCUCAGAUAACGAGCUAAAGACCCUACUCAGUCACCAUGCAUCCCAAGAACGAAUUACAAACUUUGCUUCAUCCUUGUCCAUUCAGUGGCAUUUCAAUGCCCCUGCUGCUCCUUCUCAUGGAGGAUUAUGGGAAUCCGCCGUUCGUUCUUUCAAACACCACUUUCGUCGCACGGUCGGGCAAGCUCUGCUUACUUAUGAGGAGAUGGUAACGGUCUUGGCUCAAAUUGAGGCCAUUUUGAACAGUCGGCCUCUCGUAAGUAUUUCCGAAGACAGUGAAGAUCCUGUCAUUUUGACACCAGGCAAUUUCUUAAUUGGAAUUCCUCCUUUACAACUGCCUGAUCCUUCUGUAGGCCACUUGGCCAUGAAUAAAUUGAGUAGAUGGCAAUUAUGCCAACGCAUCCAGCAAGAUUUUGCUACUCGCUGGAAGAAAGAAUACCUUUCAACACUGCAAAUCCGCAGCAAGUGGGAUAAAAAGCACAAAAAAUUAAAGGUUGGAAACGUUGUGCUUUUAAUUGAAACCGAUAGUGCCACAACUCAUUGGCCACUUGGUGUUGUGAGGGAAGUUCAUCCGGGGGUUGACGGAUUAGUAAGGGUGGCUACAGUGAAAACUGCCAAGGGUGAAUAUAAAAGGCCCAUUACUAAACUAGUCCCUUUACUUUCGGAAUUGAAGGAUGAUUGA